CUCUGAGCCGGAACUUCAGGCCCGGGAAUUAUAUUGUUGGAUGUGUUGCUGGAAUGAUGCGAGUUUAAUUUCUCCACAUGCCCAACUAGCCAGUAAACAUGAUAAAACAGCACAUUCUGGUCGAAUUAAAACAAUUCAUUUACACGGUAGCGAACCACCGCGGCAUCCCGAAGAACAUUUCAUCGCCGCAGCUGGUCCGGAACAGUCUCAAUCUCCUUGAGGACCUGCCGGCCGCCCGUGAAGUGGUUUUGGAGUAUUUCUCGUUGGUGUUCGAUGUGUCGCUUGGGAACUACGUGCAAUUUGUGUCGAAGGACUCACAAGGCAACCCGCCUGAGGAUGAGCUUAUCAAUGAUAUUCAGGAAGCACUGGAGAGUCUGGUGACCAAAGGGCCGCCCGCCUGGGGCCCACUGAUCGCCUCGUGGAGUCUUGAGCUGGUGGGUCGGUUGUCGGACAAGUAUUGGCCCAGCAGGAAACUUGACAUCGGAGCGGCGUGCAAUCUGUGGCUGAAUUGCAGCGCGAUGAGGUGCCUGCUCGGGUUGAUGGCUUCUUGUUUUCGCAGGAUGAGCAACACAGAGGCUGAGGUUUGCAUCGCGACCCUCCUGGCUACGUUCAGGAAGUACAGUCCCUCUUUCGAUUGGGUGGUGGCGCGCUUGGGAGGAUGCUUUCCUCUGAAAAUCAUAUCCCAGAUCCUACAGUGCGGAUUGAAAAGGUUUUCAGAGGACUACCGCUGUCGUUUCGACUCAGAAAUCGGAAUCCUUGACUACCUGUCCUUUGCCCAUGAAAAAGACUUGAAACACGCCAUAAAGGAGUUGUUUGACGAUGGAUUCAAUCCAAAGAAGCCAAUCCACUACGACAUCAUACCGUAUCUCAUGCAGCUGGCGUCUGUCUCGGAGAUUAUUCUGCAGCCCAUUGUCAGCGUAUUCCUGGAGCUUUAUAACCCCGCCUUGCUGGAGGUAAUUGUCCGUCAAACAAACGCUUGGACCAAAAGCUUCAUAUUCCGCGACAUGACGCCUUCCUUGAACAAUAUCGCGUUGAAGGUGAAGACGAAUGGGACCAAGCUCCUGCUCACAGUCUCGAAAGUGGCGGAUCGCUUCUUCUGGUGCCAGGACUUCAUCGAAUACACACUGCAAGAGCUUGAACGAUUAAUAUUGGAUAAUUUUUCGUGCCCGCUCCUGAAUGAUAUUGCCAAAGAAGAGUCGAAAGUGCUGUUGUGGAAAAGUUGCUCGAGCGGAAAUGCCAUCGAGCAACAAACAGCAGUGCGACUUCUCCUGUUGGUUUCUACCCAACAUCAUCAUAUUUACCACCAGACAAUCGCCGAAUUACUGAUGAAAUCAUACGAAACUAACAAAAGUGGAAUCGGCGCGCUGAUCCGUUUCGUUGGAGGGUUGAGCGGAACUACGGAUUUUCCAGAGGUGAAGCCGGGCAUUGAGAUGAGUUUGGAGCGGUUGUUGUUGCAAAAUCAGUUCCAUUUUGUCGACUAUCAGACGGAGUGCCUAAACGCUAUCAAGAAUUUGACCACAGUUUGCAAAUUAGAGAAGAGCAAAUCAUCCCCUUACCUUCGUCAGCAAACUGUCACGACAUCAUUGAAUACAUCUCUUUCAAAACUGCUAAACAUUUUGGAAUGCGUUCUUAAAAUGCCCGAACCAGAGGGCGAAUCCCCUUCGCCAUCAAUAAAAUCUGCGUUGGACAAACGAGUAAAAACGGAAAACAUGGAAGUGGAUCCCGAACCUUAUAGUCCAGAUGUCUCUCGUCAAAUAGUGCACAGUGUUAUCCAAUUACUGGAUGUGAUUGAGCCCGGAUCGGGUCAAAAUCAACAGAAUAUGGUUGACAUAUUGAAAUUAGCACAUUUGACCGUGAAAUAUUUCUUCUGGUGCCUCACAGAGAAAAGUCCCACUUUACGACUAACUAGCAUCGAUACUGCACUUACACUUCUACGAAGACAAUGCACGAAUUCGGGAAAAGCUGCCCGAACAAUAUGCCUGCAAGAUUUGGUUGAAGGCGCGCUUUUCACCUACUCAAAACUAUUUGGAGGAAUCGUAGAUGAUGAUUCAAAUGAGGACGAUGAAGUUGGAAUUUCAGAAAAUGAAAAGUUGAUUGUCUUAAAUCAGAAACAAGAUGCAGGACCAAUGGCGAACAGGUCAGUUUUGCAUGCCGGAUUGAUAGGAAAGGGUUUGAAAUCCGAACCUACGGACCCGGUUAUCGAGAAGCCGGACGCAGAGCUACAAGCACAUUUGCUUAAAGCGAUUGAUGCUUGUUGUCAGUAUUCGACGGACAGAGGCAGCACUGCAGACGGAUAUUCUGUAGUUUCCCUUUUACUAGUAGAAAUGGUGUCCCCUGAUAUCAUGUACAACGGUCUGCCGUUUCCAGAUGAGGAAUUUUCAAAGGUUACAAUGGAACGGGACCUGCAAAUCAGGCGAGCCUUCAAAACUUCCCCAAUUCUACUGCCAAUUAUCUCAUUAGUGGCAAUGCAUAGACCCGCCUUAUGCUAUUCGUCCGUACUUUUGAGAGCGCUGUGCGCUUCAUUCUUACACCAGUGGCGAGCAAAAAACGUGAAUCGAUUCCAGUCACCUGAUGAAAACGAUGAAUUGAUGGUUUCUACGAAAAAUCUAUUGCAAAUUUUAGCCAUGGGUCAACUGCUUCCACAUCCGUUAUCACAGAUCCACAUGAUCAUCGAAUACUUGGAAGCUCCUGAGAUCGCUCUGGUCCUCAAAGAAUGUGUCUGGAAUUACCUGAAAGAUAAUGUACCCGCUCCAGCAAUCUUCCGCAGUGCAAAUGGUUUGUACUGGCGAAAUCCGAGUUUGUUGAAGCCGCCACCUCAAUAUGUUGAUACGUUGCGGGAUAUAAUGCAAAAGAAACUGCCAAAAGUAGGAGCCCAUUACUAUCAGAUGUUUGUGAUGCCAGUAUUUGAGGAAAAGGAACAAAAUAGUAGAAAGGGCAAAGCGGGUGAGCAGCCUAGUUUUUAAGGUUUAUAGGUUUUAAGUUAAAUGAAAUGUUUUGUAUGAUUACACGCCAGAGAAAUUAUUUGUUAGAUAGUUUUUAAGAAGAAAACUUAGCGAUGUACAAAAUGGAAUUGACA